AAUAAGCGUCGGGUGAGGGAAGAGGGGUAGGACGAACCUGAACUAAACCAAUUGAUGUUUCGUUGUUUAGAUGCUGCAUUCCAUUAUUUCCUCCCUUAUCGCAUCCUGCAAAGAUUGUCCUCCUGGUUACAUGGAUCGAUUCGAUGCCCUGUUGAAACGAUGCGAAGGCGACCUGUCUCUUUUAUCACGUAUUGUUGUAGAUCCCGAUGACAGUGGCGGUGGUACCGGUGACACCGAAUCACAGAAUUAUAACGAUCCGCAUAAUUCUUCUCCUCGCACCGACGCCUCUUCGUCUAUACCUCCUUUUUCGGCUCAUCACAGCCCACCGUCGUAUCACGCUCCUUAUUCCCAUUACUCUUCACUUUACAAAGAUUCGACUUUCAGCGCGAACCGUCCGACCUCAUCGACUGAACCCUACGAUAACAACCACACUAACCACAAUCACAACCACAACCAUAACCAUAACCACAACCAUAACAACAACAGCAGCAACAGCAACAGCAACAGCAACAACAGGCCCGUUUUAGAAUUACCACCGUUAUCCACCUUGAUAUCCAAUGUUGUCGGCCAUUCCGCAUUACCAUCGCUUCCCUCUUCCAGCUCCAGCAGGUCCCAUACAUACCAUCAUGCCAAUAGACAUGCAUUCAGCAACGAGUAAUCUUUCUUUUUUUUUUUUACAUACAUAUCUGUUGUCUCCUUCUUACUUAUGACCGAUGAAAAAAAAAGAAAAAAGAACACAAUAACAAAACUGUUAUUAAAAAAUACCAAGGGAAAAAAAAAACCAGGGCAUUCACGCGGAUU